UUAUUGGGUAGAAAGGUAAAGUAUGGUUCGAGCGGCGAAGCUAGCUCACACCAACUUUUGUGAGGAGAAGAUAGUUGUGCAUUUCUCACUCAUCUGAGGAGAUAGUGUAUGCAACAACUUGCCUCGCCUGUGUUAUGUCAGGCGGCCUUUUGAGGCUCGGUGGAUCGACAAUGGAGUCCCAAAUGCCCCGUGCGGUACAGGUAGCCGUUGUGAUUUUGAGUGUGGUUACUCUGUCCUCUCAGGUAAUUCUAUCACCGAGAGAUAUUUUAGUGGCAAAUCGGAAAAUAACGGUGCCGCUUGGACGAUCGGUUUUUGUAACUCCGAAUGAUCUGCAGAUAAGGGUGCGUCAAGGAGACAGUUGUAUGGUGACAGUACUGGACACUACGGACGCUUUGUCCCAGCGACCAGGUAGGCUAAUGCCUUCGGAAUUUCCAUGUGACUUCGAUAUGCAGGAUGUCCAGUAUUCGCAUUUCGGAGCUCGUAAUCCGGCCGAGGAUAGAGUACGAUUACAGAUUCGAUAUGAUUCUCCCUCUCAAACUAUCAUCAUUCCGUUCACAAUUCAUUUUGAAGUGUCAUUCGUGCAGCUUGAAGUUGUCACUCGGAACUUACCUAUCGCAGUUUCAAAGUUGAUGGGAAUCAGUGAACCAAUUAAUAAAGAGGUGUUGGAGUUUGCCUACGAUCGUCCUAACCGGCUUUGUAAAGUGACAGUUUUGAGCAGUGCCAGUGGACUACCCCGUUACGGCGUUGUCAUGAACGACACUACACGUCUGCAGAUGGUGGACUGUGACGAGUUUCUGGAAAUGGGUGUGAGAUACCAGCACACAGCAGAAAACAAUUCCCCCGACAGAGAUUUCAUACCCUUGGUUGUUGAAUUAAUGGAUUUGGAUGGAAAUUUAGAUAAACAGGAAUAUUUCCAAGUUAUGGCUAGAAUUCAGGGUGGGUUGGAAAACACCCGCCCACAAGCGAGUUACAGUGCCUUGCUGGUCAUGGAGGUGGACCAGUUCGUCAUGACAGCAAUUACUCCAGAAAUUCUGUCCGCAGAAGAUCUUGAAACCUCACCUGACAAGUUGAUUUUCAAUAUCACCACCCCCCUUGGUCCUGGAGAGGGUCAUAUUGUGAGCACUGAUGACAGGAACCUGCCAAUUAAGUCAUUUUAUCAGAAAGACAUUACAGAUCUUAAGAUUGCUUACAAACCACCUCCAGAGGAUUCCUAUGUUCAGAGAGUGUUCCAGGUAGCAUUUGAAAUAAUUGACUCAGACGGCAUGGCAUCGGUGGAUCCUGUUAUGUUAAUGAUCGUUGUGAAACCAAUGAAUACCCUUGCACCUGUUGUGACAAGGAAUACUGGAAUUCAGCUGUUCGAGGGACAAUCUAGGGUAUUAAGAAGUGACAAGAACUUCCAAAUUUCUGACGAAAAUGAUUUGGAAAAUGUGAAAAUCUUUGUCGCAGAUGGACUUCGUCAUGGUCAACUGGACAUUCCUACUGGUCAAAAUUUUUUUACUCCUGUCGAUCUGGAUCGUGGUGCGGUAGUAUAUCGCCAUGACAAUAGUGAUACUUACAGUGACAAUAUCAUCUUUCGAAUGACAGAUGGAAAAAAUGAAGUCGAGUUUCUUUACCCUAUUACAGUCUUCCCUGUGGAUGAUGAGCCUCCGAUCCUUAAUGUGAACACAGGGUUAGAGAUCAGGAAAAAUGAAGUGGCUGAAAUCUCCCCAUUUGUACUGAGUGCUACUGAUAUUGAUAGUGAUGAUGCAAGCAUCAGAUUUGUCCUGGAGCGUCCCUUCUCCACAGAGGGAGUCAUUCUCCGGCGACAGUUCCAGACACCACCAGAUAUGGAAAACUGGCAGUUGAGGAGUGGAGUUUAUGAGCAAGUUGUCAGUGAAUUCACCCAGCAGGACAUUGUUGAUGGUAAAAUGUUCUAUCAGCAUGUUGGUCCACACAGAUCUGACUUUGUGAUUGACAAAAUCAGGUUCAGAUUGGCUGAUGGGGGUGACCCUCCAAACCAGUCUGGUCUUGAAGAGUUUAUUGUGAAGAUUGCCCCGGUGGAUGAUCAACUCCCUUACCUCUAUCCUAGCACUCCACUUUCUAUGAAAGUCAGUGAAUUUGAGACAACGACAUUCAAGAGGAAGUUCCUUAGGUACACUGAUGAUGAUACUGAUGACCGGAAGCUGAGAUAUGAUAUCACAGUCUUGCCAUUUGACACAGACCUGAACACUCCUCUUGGACCUGGGACAAUUGUAAAAUGUGAUCACCCAGGUAGAGGUGAGCUGUCCUCUUUCACACAAUCUCAGGUAAACCAUCACAAGAUCUGUUACAAGCCCCCUAGUGCCGAUAUGGGAACUGUGCCGAGGAUUAUCCAGUUUGCCUACACUGUAACAGAUGCUUCUGGAAAUGUGUUGCCUGAUCAGAGAUUUACCAUCAAUGUAAAACCUGUGGAUAACAAACCACCUGAAAUUGUCAACAGAGGAGUUGAGAUUGAGGAAAAUGGGUAUGCAAUCAUUGACACCAGCAUGUUGGAUGUGCAUGAUGUCGACACUAGUGAUGACGGUAUCAAGUUCACGAUCAUGGAGAUCCCACUUCAUGGUGUGCUGCAGCUUGAUGAGGUUGACAUGGGAGUUGGGGACCUGUUUAUGAAGGAUGACCUGAACACUGGCCGAAUCUUGUACCUGAAUACUGGGGACGAGAUAGACAAUGACAGAUUCAAGAUAGACAUUACAGACGGAGUACAUCAUGUUCCCAUUACAUUCAAAGUCAAUGUGAAGUCAAUUGAUGACGAAGCACCAAAGCUGCUUGGAAAUGUACAGGCAGGAGUCCUUGGGAUUACAAUCAAAGUGCCAGAGAGCUCUUUGGUAACCCUCAAUGCAGAGGAUUUUAAAGCAACUGAUCCUGACACAGAAGAUUUGAUGUUAAACUUUAUUGUGGAAAGAGUUCCUUAUGAAGGAUUUAUUCUGAACAGAGGCUUGAAUACUGACAGGUUCACCCAGAAGGACAUUGUUGAUGGUCACAUUCAGUACCAGCACACUGGUGGGGAGGUUGGACCCAAAGGGCGAAAUGACAGUUUCACGCUGUUGCUGACUGAUCGGUCAGAUGAAUUCAAUGUAGAAGGGAACAGGAUUAACAGAAUUAAUGUGGAUGUCAAGAUCCUGGCUGUGGACAAUGAGUCUCCCAUUGUGACCGUGGUGGAAGAGUUUGAUGUUCGAGAAAAUGAUAAGUCUCCAAUCCUACCCAUUCAUCUAGAUGCAAUGGAUAUUGAUACAGAUGACAAUGAAAUCGUCUGUACAAUAACCUCAGCACCUACCUAUGGUUAUAUUGAGAAUGAAUCAGCAGCUCCGGGUUCAGAGAAAUCCAGAGUUGGAAUGCCAGUAUCUGCCUUUACUAUUGGAGAUGUCAGAAGAGGCAGCAUCAACUAUGUCCAGAGUGUUCAUGAAGGUGUUGAGCCAAGGAGGGAUAGAUUUGUGUUCAGGUGCUCCGAUGGUAUCAAUAACUCACCAAGUUAUGACUUUAACCUGGGUAUUGUACCAAACAAUGAUGAAGAACCCAAGGUGUUCCUGAGAGAGUUCAUGGUACUUGAAGGCAUGAACCUGAUGAUUGACACACCGAUCAUGAGCGUGGUUGAUGGUGAUGAUCCACAAGGAGAAAUCACCUUCUACAUCACCAAGAAACCAGAGCAUGGAGCUAUUGUUCAGCAGAGGCCAAGUGGAACAUACCCCAUCGAUUCCUUCACUCUGACUGACAUCUCUGGAGAAUCUACAAUAGAAUAUGAACAUGAUGAUACUGAAACCACAUCUGACUCUUUUGAAUUCCUUCUGACAGAUGGAGUUCACAACGUCACCAAGACGGUCCCAAUUAUUGUUAUCCCAGUGGAUGACGAAACACCCCGACUGACCAUCAACAAUGGCCUUGAGCUGGAGAGAGGUGGGGAGAUCAAGAUCAUCACAACUGAACAUCUUAAGGCUGAGGAUUUGGAUUCCAAUGACCCAGACAUUCUUUUCAUUAUCAGAAGAAUACCUAAGUAUGGAUAUCUCUUGAAACAGAUAUCGGGUGAAUUGUUUCAGAACCUGACUCUUGGCCAGAACUUUACCCAGAGAGACAUCGAUGAGAGGAAGGUCCAGUAUGUUCACACAGGGCUGGAAGGAGUUCGGGAUCUCAUCAAGUUUGAUGUCACUGACACCCUUAACCCACUGAUUGACAGAUACUUCUAUGUGACAGUAGAAGGAAUUGACAUGACAUUCCCAACUGUUAUCAACAAGGGUGUGGAACUUCCUGAGGGAGGGAGAGUUACUCUGACAACUGACCUCCUCAGUGGAACUGAUCUCAACACGCCAGAUGAGAACCUCCAGUUCAUCGUGACCCGAGCACCAGGUCGAGGUCACCUGGAGAGCACUGACAUGCCUGGGGUCCCCAUCACUGCCUUCACACAGCUUGAGUUGGCUGGAAAUAAGAUCAGAUAUGUUCAUGCCAGUGACGAUGAGAUGAAAAUGGACAGCUUUGAGUUUGAAGUUACGGAUGGAUUCAACCCAGUUGCUCGUACCUUCCGGAUCUCUCUCAGUGAUGUGGACAAUAAGAAGCCGAUUGUCAUGUUCCAGCCUCUGAGACUGAAAGAAGGUGACAAUAAGCUUAUAACUCCCUUUGAACUGAAGGCUGAUGAUAGAGACACUUUGGAUGAAAACAUCCUGUUCACCAUCACUCAAGUUCCUGUUCAUGGUAACAUAUUGUUUAACAAAACCAAGAUUAUUGCAACAUUUACCUUAGAAGAUCUCAAUGAGAACAUGAUCAGUUACCAACAUGAUGGAUCCGAAACAAACAAAGACAGUUUCUCCUUCACUGUCACUGACGGCACCCACUCCGACUACUUUGUUUUCCCCGAGACAACAUACACAACCAGGCAGCCUCAGAUGAUGCAUAUUGAGAUAGUCCCAGUGGACAAUGGCACUCCUCAGAUUGCCAUCAACAGAGGUGUGUCUACACUUGUCAGCAUGGAUGGUGGUAGUCUAGGAUUCCCUAUCACGGAGAAAUACCUGCGCGUGGAGGAUCGUGACAGCCCUGAUGACGGACUCAAGUACACCCUCACCGUGGAACCUGACUAUGGCUACAUUAUCAACACCAACCUUGGCAACAAGAGCAUCAGUGAAUGGACACAAGGCGACAUUGCCCGCCAUCAGAUCGAGUAUGUGUUGAUCCCCGGAGUGAAUGCUACUUCAGACAGUUUCUUCUUCAAGAUUGAAGACAGGGGUAGUAAUACACUUGGCAACCAGCCUUUCCAUCUCAACUGGGCUUGGAUCUCACUGGAAAGUGAUAAACUCUUCGUUAAUGAGACAGGCAAGGAAUUAGAAGUGACCCUGCGACGUCGAGGUUAUCUGGGCGAGACUUCCUUCGUCACCAUAUCUGUCAUCAAUGGCACUGCUAAGGUUGGGGAAGACAUCAAUCCUCGGUAUGCUGAUCAGGUCCAGUUUAAUCCUGGCCAAACAGAGAAAGUAUGGAGACUGAGGAUCUUGGAUGAUGAGAAAUAUGAAAAGAUCGAGACCUUUAACCUGGAGCUGUCCAAGCCUGUCAUGGGUGUCCUUGAGUAUCCCAAUAUUGCCAAGGUCACCAUCACAGACAAGGAGGAUGAAUCUACUGUAUCCAUCCCAGAGAAGGAAUACCAUGUGUCAGAAGACAUUGGGGAGAUCCUGAUCCCUGUGAGGAGAGAGGGAGAUCUGUCAGAUGAGCUCAUGGUCAUAUGCUCAACUGUUCAAGGUUCGGCAACAGGGACCACCCCCAGCACCGUAACAUCCUUCUCUGACUACAUCACCCGCAGCCAAGACCACCGCAGCAUCGUCAGGUUCGACAAGGAUGAGAAGGAGAAGUACUGCCACGUCAUGAUCAUCGACGACUCCCUGUACGAGGCGGAGGAAAACUUCACGGUCAUCCUCACCGAACCCAUGGGCGGCAAGAUCGGAGACAACAAGACCACUGUUCUCAUUGAACCUGAUAAAAAUGAUGAACCUGCCUUCUACUUUGGAGAGUCAGAAUACUCGGUGGAUGAGAGUGACGGCUUUGUGGAGAUCAAGGUCUGGAGGACAGGAACUGACCUCAGCAAGCCUUCAAGUGUCACAGUGAGGUCACGCAGAACUGACCCACCCUCGGCAAAAUCUGGACUGGACUACAUAGCGGUCAACAAGAACCUCGACUUCGCCCCUGGUGUGACAAUGCAGACAGUGCGUAUCACUGUUCUGGAUGACCUUGGCAAGCCAAGGUUAGAGGGCACAGAGACCUUCCAGGUGGUCCUUCGGAUGCCAAUGGCAGCCAUGUUGGGAGAACCAAGCAAUUCAAUUAUAAUGAUCAAUGACUCCUACUCUGAUGUUCCCUCCAUGCAGUUCAAGGACCUCAAGUAUGAAGGUUUUGAGAAUGAUGGCAGCAUCAAAGCAUUCGUGGUGAGAUCUGGAGAUGCAAGUCACGUGUCAACCGUUCGCUGCUACACGCGGCAAGACACUGCAAAGGUCAUGGAGGACUAUGUUGAGAGGCCUGACACCAAUGCUUCUGUGAUUACAUUCAUGCCAGGUGAGUAUGAAAAGAUCUGUGAAGUUCACCUGACCAAUGACAGCAUCUAUGAGGAUGACGAGAAGUUUCGCCUGGUGCUCGGCAACCCGCUCAGUCCUGGAUUUGGUAUUGCCAAGAUUGGAGAGAGGAACUUCACAACUGUCAGAGUCAAGGACAAUGGAGACAAAUCCGUGGUGAUGUUUGAGAAGACCAAGUUCGUGGUGAAGGAGCCCAUGUAUAAGGAAGAGACGUCUAUAGUGAAGAUCCCAGUAAUUCGUGUUGGAGACAUAGGCGAGACGGCUGUCGUCUCCGUCAACACCAAAGACGGAUCAGCUGAUGCUGGAAAAGACUACAACGGCAUCUUCAAAGUGCUGACAUUUGGCAAGAAUGUGUCGAGACAGGAAGUGGAGAUUGAGAUAUUGCAUGAUGGGAAGAAGGAAAUGAGAGAGGUGUUCACUGUCCACCUCAAACACCGAAGUGGUGUUGCCGAGAUCAAGAAUCCAAAAGUGAUGGUAUUCAUUGAGGAGAGAGUGAAAGUGGCUGAUGUAACGUUCCCCUCACGUCCUGCCGUGGUGUCACUGCGAGACUAUGACACCAUCAGUGACAACCUGCCCAGUCCAAUACAGGGCUAUCCUGUCGUGUGUGUUACACCCUGUAACCCCAAGCACCCAGACUUCCUGAAGACUGGAGAGCUCUGUUCCAAGGAGGGCAUAAACAACACCCGCACACUGUUCCGCUGGCGGACCUCGGCACCCACAGGAGCAGACGGUGUGUCCAGUGACCUCAAAGACGUGUCAUCAAACACAUACUUAGCAUCUACUAAAGGCAUCGCCCUGGACAGUAUCUAUUUCUCAGGAGGGAGUAGAAUACAGUGUGGAGCCCGUGCUGUCAACAUGGACGGUGACCCCGGCCUGGAGCUGCUCAGUGAGCCGGUCACAGUCAAGACAGACAUGGGAAUCUGCGAACCUCAGGAGAUGAACUCCAUUGGUGCCGAGCCAUUCACAGCCAAAGUCCGAUAUACAGGUCCAGAUGAUCCCAAGUACCCCAACAAGGUCCGUGUUGCCGUGACAAUCCCACACAGAGAUGGCAUGCUGCCAGUAGUAUCUACCCGACAACUGUCUAACUUUGAACUGACCCUGAGCCGAGACGGCACCCGCAUUGCAACACACCGUUGCUCCAACCUGCUGGACUUCGAUGAGUACGAAACUGAGUAUGGCUUCAUCACCAAUGCAACCAAAAACCCCAACAUCAUUGGAGAGACAGAGCCGUAUCAGUACAGCGCCGACCUCAGAUCAAAACCAACCCUCAGGUUCUACAGAAACCUGAAUAUGGACUCAUGUUUGUGGGAGUUCGUCAGCUACUAUGACAUGUCUGAACUGACUACUGACUGCGGUGGAAAGAUAAACACUGAUGGACAGGUGCUGGAUUCCAAGCAGUCUUAUGUAUCGAUCGUGGUACCGCUGUAUGUGUCGUACAUCUUCCACUCCCCUGUCGCCACCGGCGGCUGGACCCACUACGACAUGCAGUCACAGCUACAGCUCACCUUCGUCUAUGACACAGCCAUCUUGUGGCAGAAUGGAAUUAGCUCCCCUGAAGGAGAAUCUGGACUUCAAGGUUACCUGUACCCGACUACCAUGAGGAUACGUGAUGAUGACCGCCUAUCAGUUACAUUCCGGACAGAGGCCAGAUUCAGGGGGCAGUUUGUUCUUGGACACAAAGAGACCAAGUUGGAAUCCAUGGUUACCUCCCCUGACCAUCCAUCUCUGACCUUCACCCUGAAGCUUAUCCGAAGUGAACCCACCUUUGAGCAGCCAGAACAACUCUGGGAAUUUGUGUCCGACUAUGCUGUGCGCGACUACUCCGGACUGUACAAGAUCCAGCUCAUACCCUGCACAACCUCCAUCAACCAGGAGUACUCCAUCCCACCCAUCUGCAACCCACGCAAUCACCUCAACUUUGACCUCCCAAUCAGGUUCCAGCAGGUCAGUGACCCUGUGCCCACCAAGUUCAGUCUGAACACUGACUUCCAUCUGAUGCGGAAGAGGGCGCUGUGGCUAGGAGAUGGAUCGAUGGGCUUCGGGGACGAGACAGACCCGCCUUCACACCUGGUAGGUUAAAACACAUUCACACCUGCCGACAAGAUCUAUGGUCGUAUCAAUGUUGACCCCGUCCAGAACCUUGGCAGCUCGUUUGCUCUGACAAUUGAGAAGGUGUUCCUGUGUUCUGGGAAGGACGGCUACAUCCCCAAGUACGACCCAGCCAACAAGGAGUUUGGCUGUGUGGCCGAGAGCGAGAACCUGCAGCACGUCUUCAAGAUUCUGGACAAAGGAGCUCCCUACACUCAGAUGGAGAGAUUCCGGGAUAUUCCAUUUAAUGCCAGGCUAGCAAGCGAAGAUGUAGAUGCGAUCCCAUUGGUCAAACAGCCAGGAGCAGAUGGCUUCUCUGUCGACUGUGAGCCCUUGUUCAGAGUUGAUGGAGGACGUCAGUGGUUCUUGCAUUCGAUCUACACAGUCCGUUCCAAAGAAAAUGCUGCUCGCGGAAUCGGUAAAAGAAGUAUUGAAUACCAUGCUGUUAUGGAUGCCUCCCGUGUUAGACGAGACACAAGGGAUGCUAAUGGUAUCGGCGAGGAUGGAAAAGGAACCAACAUGGCUCGUGUGGAACUUGUUCCCUUAGACGAGGAAGGCGUUCAAGAAGUUGGAACCAAUGCCGAAGAUGAAUAUCCAAUUUUGUUAAUCGUUAUCAUAUCAUGUAUCGGUUUGUUAUUAUUAAUCUGCAUUUUAAUCAUUAUUAUAUGUAUCGUUAGUCGUCGUAGGAAACACACAUCACCCCCUCCGUCACCCACGAACACCAUUGUGGUGGCAGGCAGUGCAGGGUCUUCCCGCGUGGUGACAGCCCAGCACUAUAAUAAUGAUAGGACUGAAGUGUAGCAGUUUACGUCACGUGGUACGAUUAUAUUUACAUUACGUAUGAGGAGUAUUCUUUUUAUUUGCUCAAAAUUUCUAAAUGGAACUGAAAGAGAAUAAUAUGUCUACAAAUGGAAUAUUAUUUGUGAGAAUGUUCUCUGAUUCCACGAGAAAAAUAUAAAACGAAAGUAGAUAAUUCUGUUUUCAUUCCAUUUAGAAUUUGAAUUAUUGGAAGGUUAAGUAAGUUUGGAAAAUACUCACUUGUUCAAGGAGGAAAAAACAGGAAUUAUGAGUGCUAUGUGAAUCCAAUACUUGAAUUUUUCAUUGUAAGUAUUGUUUCUUCAUUCAAUACUUAAAUACUUCAUUAAGAGUAUUGUGUGUUCGCUAUGCACAGACAUAGCCCAUAAAGGCCGAUGAAUGGUGCUAUACAGUUUAUACUAAAUCCCCAUGUUUACAACUAACACCAUAAUUGUACUUUGUGAGAUAUUCUCCCAUGUUGAUAAUACAGUGCUUUUGACCUUUGCUGUGAGUUUCACUGAUACAGCAAGUCAGGCUGUGCUCAAAGGGAGAAAUUCAUCACACGUUUUAAAAUAUUGAUGACAGUGUAUUUAAUUGUACUCACAAGUAGUCUUCCAAAAUAAAUCUGUUUUUCAAUUUUCAAAUAUAUUUCAAAUGUUAAUUUCAAAGCCACUUAUAAUUAGAUGUUCCGAUUUUUUUUUCCGAUUUUGAGUACAUUUCCUGCUUAUGGUGUAAUAUUUUAUGGUUUUGUUCUGAUAUUAUUUGUAUAUUAUGAAAACAAAGCCUCGGUUCACUGCAUCUUAUAAGCUUAAGAUGAUUUUGACUUAGACAUUGAAUGCAAGUGUUUCUUAGGCAGCACAGAAACUGCAGAUGGGAGCCUUUUUUAUUGUUAAAAAGCAUGCUACCCUAGUGUGAUAUUUUAUUUUUUGCUUUGAAGCAGGCAUAAAAUGCUGUCAUACGAGAUGUUUGUCGAUGCGAUGAUUCUUAAGAAGCACCUGUUGUUUGUCCAUAACCUGGAGUGUCUGUAUCCUGUGACCAGCCAUCUUGUGAGAUGGGGAAAUGUGUGUGAGCUUAGCUGCGUUUAGUUUAACCCAUUCAGCGUUCCAUCGUUUGUUUCUGUCCGCAACUAUGUUUUCGCAAACGGUUUCACCCAGUUCUUUCAGAUGUUUGUCCAGCAUCACCCUAGGAACGACAUUUUAACGGAUGAAUGAUAUGCAAUGUUGGUACAUUUAUCACAUAAGAUAUUGCCAUAAAUUCUGUUGGCUUCAGUUUGAGUCAUUACGGACAUCAAUAUUUAAGCAGCAUUGUAGAAUGUGUGACAAGUAGAAAUCUAUUGUCAUCAAGGCAAAAUAGAUAUGACACAUAACUAAGUAAGUGUCUUACUGUGAUCACAACAAAAUGAUCAACAUUAUCACUCAAACAAACUUUGAAAAAAAUCUUUUGUUAUUAUUAUGUUGACAACACUAUGCGUUAGCAUUGUUCUCCAUUUGUUAUUUUAAAAUAUAUCCUCAAUCAGAAGCUUCAUUAAUCAUUUUUUAUUUCACAAGCAAAUUUGAUAAUUUUCUGUCAUAUGGAUAUGCAAGAAGAUGUGCCUUGUCAACAGGAACUGCUGAUAUACCAUAGUGCAUAAUAAUGCUGGGUAGCCCAAUGGGCAGAGUGUUAGCCUGUCACAAACAUGGUCCGUGUUUAAUUCCCACCUGAGCAGAAACUGUGAUGCCCAAUACAUCCCUUGUCUGCUUGUUAUCAUCUUUUGAAUGUCAAUUUGCUGGUAAGGAUAAAUAAUGAAAUUUCAUGCUGAAAAUUAUUGGCUUAAGGGUAUUAUCACAUACCCUACUUGCUAAAAAAUUAAUGCAAAAUGAAGUUCAAUGGUCACACUGCAACAUUUUACACAAACUUACCAUAAACUACCAUGUGAAACAUCUUUGCAUGCAACUAAUACAUUCAUGUUCAAAAACAAUAUGUCCUCUUCCAUCGUUAAUGAAGUUUGUUAUACCGUGUGAUAUUCAUUAUGUUCUGGUUGUGUUGCAUAUGAGCUGUGGAUGAUGCGUUGUGUUAUAAUAUAUACUCACUGCUUUUAUAGGUUUUUAUAUUCUCAAACAGAUUUGAUAACUUUAAAUCAGACCAAUUUCUUAUUUAAAACAUUUUUGUAAAAUUUUGUGUUAAAAUAAAAUAUGGAAUUUAAAAAAAAAAUCACUGAAAAUAAGGAUAUUGCCAUUCUUGACAGCCAAUUUUUAUUUGUAAAGUCAUUUUGCACUUUUUGGCCAAUAAUUCGUCUGGUUUUUAGUCAUUGUUUGGAAAGUAUGCGAAAACCCAAGAAUAAACACCAAUCACUGCUUUAGUAUAGCAAGGAAAUGGCUGAAUGGUGUAGUAGUACACUGGAACAUUGAUACAGUAGUUAUGGGUUGAGCCAGUAUGUUUGUUUACAACUACCAUUGUAGCGUAGCCUAGCAACCAAGGAGAAGGUGCAACAACCAUAAAUCUACUUUUAAAGAGAAUUCUAUAUAUAAAUCAUUCAUUCCAGUUGUGUCCUGCUAGAUGGGAUUCUUAACAUGGCUGAACAAUGUUGGAACAGACUAUGACAUUAAUGGAAAAAUAUACGGUCCUCAAAUGAAAUUAGAACGCCUGGUUCCUACCAUAGUUAGAUUAACUAUAACAACUUAUAACAUCUGGGUAUUCCUUAACUUCUUUUGAAUAGUAUAUACUACUCAGUUUUGACAGGUAUUGCUAAAAGCGGCGUAAAACCAAACUCAGUCAGUUAGUCAGUCAGUCAGUUUUGACAGGGGUGCCCAGGUGAGGACUGAAUGUGUUUUAUUCCUUUGGAGAUGUUGUCAAACAAAUAGUAUUCAAUAUUUCUAUGGUAUAAACAUGUUUUCAAUUAUAUUUCAAGUCAAAUAUAAAGGUGCACAUUUGUGAAAGUUUCAUCUGAACAACCCCUUCAGAAUAUGGGCUGUAUAUUAUUCUAAGUUUGUCAGUAAUAAAUAAAUUUUAAUAAAACUUUGUACAUGGUUUUGUUAAAGAGACAUCAAUAUGUAUGACAAAGGUAGUUUUAUUGCUAGUAGUAUUAGUUCCACACUGUUGCCAUGGAUCCAACUUCUAGUAGGACAUGAUAAAUAUUUAUUCUUUCUCAUAACUGGUCAUUAUUCAAUUUAAUAAAUUCAGAGUUUCAUAUGAAAAGGAAAGAAAGGUUGCUUGGAAACAUUGGUAAAAGUGAUGGCAAAGUUUAUUGUUACUAAUAUUUUGAUGUUGCCUUUUUUGUUUAGGUUUGGAGUGAAGUACUUCCAAUUUAUUGCAUAAUAUGGAUACGAUUCUGAAAAUGAAUAUCAUGAAAACAAUUAUUCAGUUGUGUUGAUGUAUUGAUGUAGACAUUUGUUAUGUCGGUUAGUUACUUAGUUAUAAUGAAUGUGCCUUCAUCAAACCACAUUUUUAUAGCUUGUGUUUUAAUCAGCUUUUUUAAAUACGCUUAUCAUCAGAAACCUUUGACAACAUUUGGUAAGAAUUGUCACGAAGUUUGAAAAUUAUCAACAGGUCUAAGUUGUUUAUAUUUGUUAGUAACCAUGUGUAGUGUUUUAUAUGUCCAGAUGUUUUAUUUUUUCCCUGUAAUGAGUAGUUAGGUUUCUGUAGAUGUUAGAACUACGACAAUAAUCAGUUCAAUGUGAAUGGAUUUUUACUUGGAUUGAGGAAGAUGUAUGUGAAGGUUGAACGAUUCCAAACCAUAAUACUUUUUAGAAACUGAUUCUUAGGUAUAAGAGAAGCAGAAUAUAGUAUGAUAAGAUCUGAAAAGCAUUUCUAUUAUUUCUGAGGCUCUGGAGACAAGAUAGGGUUCCUAUGUAAGGCACUUCAUCUGCCUGGGUGAAACUUGAUAAAGUUUUCUGAGGUCUAUAACUGUCGUAAUGCCUGGACUUUAACAUGGACUUAUGACAGUCAUUCAGCUAUGAUUAUUUUGCGAAUCUGGGCCCAGUGGCAGUGUAAUCCAAAAUCAAGUUCAACGCUGUUGACCCCGCCCUGUCUGCAAAUUGUGUGCUUUAUCCUAUAUUACAUUUGGAAACUUAUGCGGCAACAGAGUUCCAUCAACUGGUUUUGAUACUGCAAGUGAUCCCUAUGAGAUCUUAUGAUCAUUCAAUUGGUGAUUCCAUGAGCGGUGUAAGAAUGAAACUACUUCUACCUCCAAUAUUGCCAUAUCUCAUUUUGAAGUAAUUACGUGAAAAAACUGCCUCCAACAUUUGUCAUAAUGUUUCACAGAUCAGGGACCUUCCUUCAACAUGGCAUUGGGAAACCUCAAAAUGUCAGUUACUAUUUAGAAAGGAGAAUUUCUAUACAUUUAUGAUUUCUUUUACACUUCUUCAUAAAUUAUAACUUCAUUAUUAGUCUGAUGUCAUGAAGCUUCAGAUAUAAUCCAGGACAUUUAAUUAUUUGUAAAUCCUAAAUUUAUUGCCAGUCUGAUCCUUGUUGUGUUAUGUCUUAUGUGAGAUUGGUCCAGUUCAGCACUCUUACAGGGUGGUGGGGUAGCCUAAUGGUUAAAGUGUUUGCUCAUCACACUGAAGACCUUGUUUGAUUUCCCACAUGGGUGAUGUAUCUGGAAUAUUGCUAAGAUUGGCAUAAAACCAUACUCACUCACUUACUCAGUACUAUGCAGAUUCACAUGCCUGCAUUGAUGAACUUUUUUAAUUGAAGUAAUAAAACAUUCAUGCAGUGUGAAAAAGACAAACUUUGUUACAAAUAAUAAUUGUGAUCUGCCUUGAAGAAAAAAGGAGGUAAGGUGAUAUGGGAUUUAUCGUCCUGGGCGUGAAUUGUAUAAGCUCUCUUUGAGCUCAGAUAGUUGUAAGUGCCAUACAUUAACAUUAACUUACGACUAUCUUAGUGUUAAAAGAGCUUCGAAAAUCUAGGCCCUGUUCAAGAUUGUUGCAUUUAUAUACAUUCAUGCUGUCACUUGUGAUUGUGACUGGCUGCUUGCACUAGACUGAACUAUGAUGAGUUUAUUGUGCCCGCCACAGAGACACCUUGCCGAUGUUUAACAUGCAUACCUCACCCAUAUAUACAAUAUACAGAGUUAAGCACAGCAGUCAUUGUUUAUCUCCCUUGAUGCCAGGCAGAGUAACAACAAGUACCAUCUUUUAACAUAUUUUGGUUUGAUGACAAGGGGAUCAAACUACUGACCUUCCAUUUUCACUGGACCAUUGAGUUGAUCUUGAUACGUAAAGGGUCAAAAUGGUCUUAUGAAUAUAUAUGUAUAUGUAAAUAUGUAUGUCUAUAUACACACUGGCAUUAAAUGUAGGAUUUACAGCUGUAUGAAUGCACCUGUUUAUAAAUUGAAUAUUCAUAAUGCUGUAUGUUUAAAUGUACAGAAGGAAUAUAUAUCUAGAACAACAUGGCAUUAACUCGUGUAGUUCCUUAAAAUUGACAUCUGUGAGUAGGAAACUUGUCACUUUAUGUACAUUUUAGAUUUUGUUUCUGUUUUAACGAUCUCAGCCAUUGUUUGCCACUUUUGAGGAGGACAGUUGGGAUUUAAUUGCUUUUGUGAUGCAUAAUAAUGUCAGGCUCAUGUUAUUUCUUGUAUUGGUAAUACGUUUGUUCUUAUGAUGAAACAAAAGAUGACAAAAGAAAUUUAAAAUGUUGCCAUGCUCGUUUUAUAGUUAAUUUUUAUGUAAUUCAGAAAAGUUUAAAAACAAGAAACAAACAGCUUUGGAAGAGUAUAUACUUUAUAUUCUUAUUUAUUACUUUCUAUAGUAAAUAAAUUAAGAAUAAGUUGUUUGGAACUGAAAGAAGGUUUUGAGAACCAAAUGUUGGACUAAUGUCAGUUUUCUUCAUGAAAACAAAUUAAUCUUUCCUAUUUGGUUUUUCAUAAUGGCAAAGUUUUCAAAAACACUUAAUUCCCAUUGUCAGCCUCUGAAUAUGUCUGUGUCAUAUUUAUAUUGUGUUCUGUUUUGGUCUGUCUCUCAUAAAUGACCACAUCAUAGCCAGAAACAUGUGAAUUGUACGCCAGUACCACUCCCCUCUGUCAGAUCUGUUUUUCAGUGUUUCACAAGCAUUUACAAAGUUCAGCAAUAUUAGAAAUAUUAUAACUCUGAUUCUGAAUAUUUACCUGCAUCGUUACUUGUCUAACAGCCUUCAGUACAGUGUUGAAAUAUUGCAGUAUUAGCGAAAAGUUUGUACAAAUUGUUUCUUACUUUCUGUACUGUAUAUCAUGGCUUUAAGUACUGAUCUUGUUUGUGAGAAUUACGCAUUGACUUAGUCACAUGUACAGUGCUCCUAAAUGAGGUUUUAUUAAAAUACACAAUGAA